UAACAAUUUCCAGCGCAAACAGCAAACGGAACUUGCCUCAACAUUCAAGACAUUGCGCCAGGCAACUGCAAAGGGAGAACCUUGAGGCGGAAAACUUAAAAUGGACGAAACACCACCAACCAACCUGGCGGACCUGGCCAACGUCACAAGAGGUCCUCGUCGUGCCCGGCAACGACUGCGAUUCGAGCCCCAGCAGACCCUCCAACGAACCACACGAUCAUCACAGGCCGCCGUUCUGGAAGAAGCCCGUCGAGCUGCCCUGCGAUCAGUUGGUUCUGGCUUCACACCUGAACCGCGACCUUCUUCAACGUCUCCACCUGUCAAUCCAAGGGAACAGUUUUCCGUGAUGCCUCCACAAUCAGCGCGAGCUCAGCGCACACAAGAAGAGCAGUCAGACGACGAGGACUUCCCGAGUCCCGUGGGCGACGGCCCAGCCAGUGACAUCGAGCUCCAAGAUGAUGAUCACAAUGACGAUGACAAUGGCCCUGAGGGCGAGCAGUACCAUGAGGGCUUCAACGAGGGCAUGCCGGGGGUUGAAGAAGGCCACAAUGUCGACAACCACGCACAAGACCCAGACGGCGACGAAUUCGCAUACGAUGAGCACGGAGAAAGAAUCGACCCUGAUGAAGAUCCCGAGGAGACGGAGCAAUUGCAACACUCAAUGUUCGACCCAACCGCCAUUGGCCUCCGAGAAAUCAACAACCUCGCCCACUUCGGCGUAUCCAGCCACAAGCCCGGCAACGGCGUCGAGGAGCUUCUGACCGAAGACCUCGAGAAGUACUGGCAAUCCGACGGCCAACAACCACACCUCCUAACCAUCCACUUCCUCCGCCGCGUCGAGAUCCGGGCAAUCCGAUUCUACGUUGACUAUAACCAUGACGAAUCCUAUACGCCCACCAACAUCGUCUGGUACGCCGGCACCGGCCACCACGACCUGAUCGAAUUCGCUGACGUCAAACUCACCAACCCCGUCGGCUGGCAAGACGUGCCCAUCGCCAACUGCGGCGGGGCCCCUGACGGCCACUCCCUCUGCUGCUGGAUUGUCCAGGCCCACAUCAAGGAGAACCACCAGAACGGCAAGGAUACACACAUUCGCGGCCUCAAGAUUUUCGCUAUUGACGAGAACACGGUCGGCGGUGCGGUGGCUGCUGGAGGCGACGCGAUCCACGAGAUGGGAGUCAGGAUAGAUGAAGCGGCGGAGAGGAUGCAGGCUGCUGCUUCGGCAAACAACAACACAGAAGAAAACGAUUACGACGAAGCGAGUCUGUUGGAGUUGCUGGAGCAUAUUGAUCGCGAGGCGGGAUCGGCGGAGGCGGGAUCGAGGAGCAGGUAUCGCCCUGGUGAGGGAGGGUUUUCGGACUUUCCUGAUUUCAUGCGGGAUCCGGUGAUUCGUUAAGCAGGUGGCGGCAGAGACCAUGGUUUUCCUUCAGGCUGAAUUCAGGAUUUGUACGGCAAGGUGUUUUUCGGCGCGGAAAAUGCUCGGGCAAAUAGGGGGGUGGGUUUUUGCUUGGGUCUCUAAACGGCGAAGGAGUUUCGGGUUGAGAAUCGUUUGGUCAUUACGGCAUCAUGGACUUUCCGCUUUCGCAUAAAUAACUGUCGGUGUCGGGAAAGCAUCUGAAGGCAUCGA